CCUAGGCCAUCAUUGAAAAUAAGAAUUUGUUCUUAACUGACUUGCAGCACAGCACUCUUAAGUAAAGGUAACUCAUGCCCCACCCUGCCCUCUCUUUCCCAGAAGCACGGGCACACCAUCCCCCAUGUCUCCCAUGCCGUCUCCUGCCAGCACAGCCAGCUCUGGGCCAGGCUCCAACCACAGCAGUGGGGUGGGGAUGGGCAAUGUGAGCACUGUGGCCAUUCCCCAGGUCAUCCAGCAGGUGGCAUCGUCCUACGUCAACAUCACAGCACUCUUCCUGAGUGCUCACGACAUCUGGGAGCAGGCUGACGAGCUGGCACACAGAGGCAGUGGUUUGUUGUCUGAGCUGGACUCAGCUCUGGGCCAGUUGAGCCUGACCUCCACCAUGAGCUCUCUGGUGCGUCACACACGGCAGGGACUGCAGUGGCUCCGACUGGACACCUGCGAGACACGGUGACCGUUUCUCAACCCCACCCAGCACUACACAGCCCUGCUUACUCCUGCCUACAGUACCCAGCCCUGGAUAACCCUGUCCAGGACAUCCUAUUUUGCUUUAUUUAUUGACGGGCCAUCAGAUGAAAGCAGGAUCCCAAGUCCCUCUACAAGUUGUUCACAUGGUUACAAAGUCACCUUGUAUUAAAUUUUUCCCAACUACCUAUGAAACUGAAGUUCAGAGACCCUGUGUCACACACACACUUUCGGGUCCUCGUCCUCUGUUGGUCACAUGGAUGGGUCCAUUAACAAAACAACUAUCACAUCCACCUCUGGAUCUCUGGAGGCAGCAGGGCCUGCUAGAGCUGUAGUGAGCUGAAUGAGACUUUCCCUUUCUGAAUAACUUGUCACACAGCCAACUGACUGUGGCCUGGCCACCCCUCUGGGUCCUGUCUACCCUGGGGGUUAGACAGUGGAAAGGUUGGCUGAAGAACUGACUUUUGCGAGGGGUCAAAGAGUCCUCCCACCCUUCUCCUGUGGUAAUGCAAAGCAGUGCUGAUAAAAAGCUUAUUUAUUAGCCUUAUUAUAUUAUCAUUAUUACUAUUAAUAUAUUGUUUCAGUAAAAUUGUUUGAUCAAAAGCGGUGUGAUGACUAAUAUUUACUUCACCCAGCUGAAAAGGCCUAUAGAACUACAGGUAUCCAUCCAUCCCAGACCCAUCCAUAAUAAUAGUAAUAAUAAUAUUGGUCAACUCCUGCAGAAUAUAACGAGUAUCUCUGGGCUCCAUAAAGUAUUUUUAAAUUGGUUUUGCCCUGAAAAAUUGACAUGCCAGAAGAUGGCCCUUGACACUUUCUGUGAAUAUGUAUGUUAUUAUUCUAACCCUUUUCUCUUCAAAGGAGAUUGACUCUACCUGCCAGGACGUGUCCACUAUGUUAAUUCAGUCAUAACAGAAAUACAGUGCAUUCGGAAAGUAUUCAGACCCCUUGAGUUUUUACACAUUUUGUUACGUUAAAGCCUUAU